AUGCAACAAGUUGAGAUACGAAACUCUCCUUCCCUCGCAGGGGCCAAGGCCGCCAGCAGCUGCUUCGUGCUUCCCAUGGCAACAGGCAUGAGCCUCACUUUAUGUUUCUUAACGCUCCGGCACCGAAGACCAAAGGCCCGGUACAUCCUCUGGCCCCGCAUCGACCAGAAAUCCUGCUUCAAAGCCAUGGUGACCGCAGGUGAAAUUGUCUUUCAUGGAAUGUUGGUUAAAAAGGUUCUGGAAGGAAUUUUUCUUACCUGCAAAGAGGGUGCCCGAAGAGGCCGGAUCGAUGCCUUUGUGCAAAGUUUGGACAAAAACUUCAUGGUUCCAGUAGGUGGCGCUGUCAUCGCUGGCUUCAGUGACACCUUCAUACAGGAAAUCAGCAAAAUGUAUCCAGGUACAUCCUUUUCUUUCUUUCUUU